AUGGUUGAGAUAAGCGCUAGUGAAGAAAAGGUGAUUAGUAAGAUUGAUGAGGAUUGGAAGGAAGGGAUGAAGAAGAACAAAGCAUAUUUGGAUUACCUCGUGACGCUUAUGAAAAACGAGAAGACUUCGAUGGUCCCUCGUGUUGUCGAGAAUGAAUCGGAAUUGUGCUCAUGCUGUGAGCACGGUUGCUCGUCGUCCGAACCGGCCAGUAUUAGUGAAAUCGUUGCAAAAUCUGAAGAAGGAAAUAUCAUUGCGCCGGUGGAGUUGAUUGAGGAGCUGAACCAGCGGAAAAUUGAGAAUGAGUACUUUAAGAACAUUGAGCAGGCCGAGAGGAAAUUGAAUCAAGUUUUUGCCUUGAAAUCUCAAUGGUUGAAAAUGUACCAAAAUGGCGAGAUUAUUGAUCGCUCAUUCUUGCGACCUAUAGCUCAUCCGAAUCCGUGGCGAGCCGAUGAGCCCGAGAUUGUCGAUCUCGAAUUGGUCGAAAAUUCGAAAACGGCGAAAAACGUUUCGCGUUGUGUCAUUUCUUAA